GUCCCUGACUUUCCCCAUCGUGCAGGUUAUAUAUUGAGAGAGAGAGAGAGAGAAAAUGCUUAUUGGUAGCAUUUCUUGUUAAUCUGCAUUGGAUCCUCCGCUAGAGCCUUCAAAGUUCAAACCCUCUCUCUCUCUCUCUCUCAUAACUCUUGAGCACACAUGACACCAAGAAAGAACCAAGCCUACACUGCUACAAUCCAAACAAGGUUGAGAAACUCCUUUUAGAAAAAGGGAACCAUUUCAUUACUUUAUAUUCAUAGCUACACCAUGCAUCUUUUUUAUCUCCUCUCUACCUAGCCAUACCUAAGUUUCUCACCUAUAUUCUUCUACUCCACUAUAUCCACCUUGUAGUGAUCAAUUUAGAUUAGGAUUAGCUUGAUCUCCAUCUUGAACAUCCUUUGUUCUUCAUGGGGGUGUCUUCCAAUUCCAAAGUCUUUCUCUCCGACAAAGGAGCCAGCAACAACAUGGAUCAAGAAAUGAGUUUAUUGGUAAGACCCGCCGUCGAAAUUCAACACCAAGAGUUUCAAUCUUUAGUCCAAGAAGAUCACCAGCUUGUUAGACUCAAACAAUUAUCGGUGCAAGAACGUGAUCAUCAUCAUCAUCAUCAUCACCAAGAGGAGCGAAACCAACGCAACGCUAUAAGCUUGAAAAUAGAGAUUCCGUCGCACGUGGGAUCAAAGAACGAUGACGAUGAUGAUUCUUCCAACGAAGGGUUCAAGACUCCAACAUCAUCGGAUCACAAAAUCCCGGCGAUCCUAGAAUGUCCUGGUGCACCAAAGAAGACAAAACCAAGGGCAGCCACGAAGAGGAAAGCGUGUCGACGAAGGAUCGUGCUUGAUCUGUCCAAAGACUUGGAAUCUUUGUUCCCUAUGCCGUGUGUGGUGGAUCUUGGCCAUGGCCUUAUGCAUAAGAGAGUCAAACAGUGUUCGGGGACUGACUCAAAAACGUGGCACAAGGGUGAGCCUUGAAUUGAUUUAUCUAUCUCCAUCGUUACUCAUUAAUUAGUAUCUUACUAAUUUUAUGUGAUGCACUUGUAACUCGAGACAAAUGUAAUUCUCUUAUGUCUUUCUCUCAUUUUGGUACGUAGUAUAAUAUAAAGGCUCUCCAUCUAGCUAGCAUUAAUUGAA